AUGACGUGACGAUACGAUAUCAUGUGAUCGUGAGUAACUCGGGCUACAACUGGGACAAUAUCAUGACAGUCCAAUGAAAAACACCACUCAUAAUAUUGCAGUAGCGUAAACAUUCCUAAACUAUAGCGAUUCGACUUCCAACACGAGCGAGACUAAAGCCCUAGUAAUCCAGUUCACUCAACAAACGAAACACAAUAUGACGAACGUCAUCAAAGAGCACCCAAGUAUCUUUGCCAAGAAAAGCGAUGUCAGAUUUCUCUCCAAAAUGGAUAUUGAAAAGCUCCGGAAAGAUCUUAAAGAACAUGGGCAAGAACAACUGUUGAAAUUCUGGAAUGAGUUAGACGAAAACCAACAAAAGAAAUUCUACGAUGAGCUUAAAGGCAUCGACUAUGCUAAAACGAAUCGGUCGUUCACAGUGGCGACCGAAGAUGCCGAAAACCACCGUGGAGAGAAAAAGGACGAGAGAAUCAAGCCAAUUCCCCCAGAACACUUCGGAAGCGUGGCACGCGCUGGAAAUAACCUCAAAGUGUGGGAAGAGAAGGGUUUACAAGAGAUCGGAGAAAGCAAAGUUGCUGUGUUGUUACUCGCUGGAGGACAGGGCACUCGACUGGGGGUCAGUUACCCAAAAGGGAUGUACAAUGUUGGCCUGCCUUCUGGUAAAACAUUGUACCAGCUACAGGCCGAGAGGAUACGAAAGGUUGAAGAGCUGGCCGCGAAGAAAUCUGGAAAAAAAUGCAUCGUUCCGUGGUAUUUGAUGACGAGUGAACACACAAAGGAAAGCACAUCAAAGUUCUUCAGUGACAAUGACUACUUUGGACUAGACAAAGAAAACUUUGUUGUCUUUGAACAAAACACUAUUCCCUGCAUGUCAUUUGAGGGCAAAAUAAUUCUUGCAGACAAAGGAAAGCUUGCGAGAGCGCCUGAUGGUAAUGGUGGGCUCUAUGCUGCACUUUUAACCCAUAAAAUACUGGAGGAUAUGGAGAAGAGAGGAGUGGAAUACAUCCACGUCUAUGGUGUUGAUAAUAUUCUUGUCAAGAUGGCAGACCCAGUGUUUAUAGGAUUUUGUAUUGGUAAAGGUGCUGACUGUGGUGCAAAGGUUGUGGAGAAGACCAUCCCUACUGAGGCUGUUGGUGUUGUAUGUCUAUGUGACGGCAAGUACGAGGUUGUAGAAUACAGUGAAAUUUCAAACAAUGCAGCAGAAAAAAGAGAUGCAGAUGGUAAACUGACCUUUAGAGCUGGGAACAUUGCAAAUCAUUUCUUCACUUUUAAAUUUCUGGAAGCUAUUUGCAGGGAGCAUGAGAAUGAGCUGCCAUUCCACAUCGCAAAGAAGAAAAUCCCUCAUGUAGAUGAUUCUGGCAAGAUAGUAACACCUGUAACUCCAAACGGGAUAAAGCUAGAAAAGUUUGUUUUUGAUGUCUUCGGCUUUACAGAAAAUCUUGCAGUGCUGGAAGUCCUGCGGGAAGAUGAGUUUUCCCCACUAAAGAAUGCACCAGGGUCAGCUAAGGAGUCGCCUGAGACGGCAAGACAGAUGACAAUUGACCUUCACUAUCGUCACAUUAUUGCUGCUGGCGGGAAAUUUGUUGAUAGUGACGGGGUAGUAGUCCCAGCAGUAGCACGGACACAAUCUGCACCUGUUGUCUGUGAGAUAUCACCUUUACUUUCCUACUUUGGAGAGGGUCUUGAUGAUGUUGUAAAGGAUAGGAGAUUCAGUGCUGCUGAGGAGCUACACUUAAAGGCUCAAUUAGAGGAAAACAGUGAACCAGAAAGAAAGAAAGUCAAGUGUGACUAGCUCCCGCAACCUUUACAAUUACGCUAUUAGUUGCUUCAUAGUUUUCUUUAAUCUUUUCAUUCGUAAAAAGGGUUAUUAUUGUGAAUACCUGUAUGUGGAGAUUUUCUUUUGCAUCUAAUGCAUAUUUCUUAUCAAGUAACAUAUUUUUAUCAGCGUUUUGCAUUGACUUAGUCAAGGUUUUAAGAAUAUGAAUGCAAGGAUUGUGAUCAGGAGGUUUUCAGGAUUUGCUAAGGCAAGUACAAACGUCAAUUUAGGGAUUCUUAAAAAAAAGGGGGGGCUGAGGGAGGGUGGUAUUCUUAUAGAGGGCUUUGUGCUUUGUUAUUUUACUGUUUUUCGAUACGGAUGAUAAGAUGAUUUCCAAAGUAUAUUUUUGGAGCCCAUUGCAGGGGCAGAUCUAGGGGUUGCCCGGGCGCGCCUACCCCCCCCCCCCCCUAUUUUCAGAUAUUUGCCUUAAAAUAGCAAGAAAUAUAAGGAAAUCCACGGAAGAGCCUUUCUUGAAACUUUUGCUUUGAUCUCCUUUUUGGAGAUCCUGGAUUCGCCCCUGCAUUGGUGCAAUACAAAAUAUCAAAAUCUUUUGUGGCUUUAUAAUAUCAUUGUAUUACAAGGCGCCAUUGCCUUAUAUAUUAGAUAUGCUUUUUUCUAUUUCUAUAUAUAGAAAGUAUAAAUAAAUUAUCGGUGGGUAUCUAAACACUUGCAUUUUAUUAUAGUCCGAUGUGUACCUCUCGCCUUGCAAACACCACGCUAUCACGGACUUUUACUUCUAGAAAAAGGCUUUUAUUGCAUACCCAACUAGCAAAACAAGAUAUAAAACAAAUAACAGGGAUAAAUUAUAACUCUUUUAUUCUUGCAACAGUUGAAAGCGUCCCCGUUUUCCCAGAAGCAAAUAAUGCCACUCUCUAAUAAUAAUAAUAAUAAUAAUAAUCGUUUAUUCAUACUUUUGUAGCAUAAGCUAAAUUACAGUAUGUCGGCCGAUGCACACUACACUUAACAAUGUAUAAAUAAAUACUGGCAUAACUACU